GACUCCUAGCUAUUCCACAAUGAAAAUAUUGAACGUAGCAGAAAAAAACGAUGCAGCCAAGAAUAUUGCAACCAUUUUGAGCAAUAAUAGAAUGCGGAGAGUAAACCUAGUCUUCUAUGUAUUUUUCCAGAGAGAAGGAUUUUCAGUUUAUAAUAAGAUAUACGACUUUAAUUUUACCUUCAAUGGUAAGGCAACAAACAUGAUUAUGACAUCUGCUCGAGCGAAAAUAAUAUAUAGGCAAUCUUGCGAUCCUAUAGUCCUUUUUGAGGCUCCUGUGGAAAAAAUUAUCAUGAAGGACUAUGAACCAAUUAAUAAAACGUUGCGACGCGAGGCGAGAUAUUCAGAUAUCCUCAUAAUCUGGACUGAUUGUGAUAGAGAGGGUGAGAACAUCGGCUUCGAAAUUAUUGAAGAAUGCAAGGAGGUUAAACCUAAUAUCCGAGUCUUCAGAGCCAAAUUUUCUGAGAUUACUCCAAGUUCUAUACAUCACGCAAUCGCCAAUCUGGUUAGUCCUGAUCCAUUAGCUAACGAAGCUGUUAAUGCUCGUCAAGAACUUGACCUGCGUAUCGGAGCUGCCUUUACUCGAUUCCAGACACUUCGUCUUCGUCGCGUCUUUCCACAAAUUUUGGCCAAUCAACUGAUAUCUUAUGGCUCCUGCCAGUUUCCAACUCUCGGCUUUGUGGUAGAUCGCUUCAAGGAGGUUGACCGAUUUGUGUCAGAGCCCUUUUGGCGUAUCAUUGGUGCAGUAACUGGAGUUCGAUGA